AUGUCUUCUUCGCCAGGGGCCAAGGGGUUCGACCCAAAGGCCAGAGAGGCAGAGUAUCAAGCUCUAUGGCAAACCUGCGAUCGUGCCACACGAAAGGGUGACUACAUUUACGCUGACAAGGAAGCAAAGCGGGACAUCUUACGUGCUCAGGGCAAGACGAUGUGCGGAACAAACAUUAUCAGCAUGGUCGAUCUUCACAUCCAACGAGAAGCCUCUCGCCUCCUCUAUCGUGCACCUCGCACGAUGCAUGCCCCUGAUCCUGCCCCCAAUCUGUUUCCCUACCCUGCCGAGUCGCAGAACUUCAAUGCCAAUCAUUUGGCUUUGAAUCCGGCUCAAAAUCCCUUCGUGUCUGUCCCGCAGCAUCAACAUCUGCCGCCUCAAGUUCCAAUGGUUCCCCAAGGAUUCGACAUUUCGAUGCAAAGCGAGAGCCAUGUCAUCCGCCAUAUGCAGGAACAACUGAACACUCAGGGCGAGUACAUCAAGAUGCUGAUCAAUACUCUCCGUGACUAUCACGGACGGAUCAUCACGCUGGAGUCUUCGAAGAAACAGGCGGAGGAACGCGCUGCAGCCUUCGGCCAGACUGCCCACCCCAUUCACCAUGCCAUGCAGUACCCGUUAGAGGGCCUUAAUGCUGGCUUCAACCCCCGCCUGGAGAGCCCAGCGACGACUGUGAGUCAGACCCAGGACGGGAAUGGGGAUGGCGAUGAUCAAGAAGAACUCACACCAUUGGUAGAAGCUUGA